GAAUCUGAAACAAUUGAAACUGUUGCAGGAGAGUCUAUUGUUGAACCUGUACAAAAUGAAGAAGAAACUCCAGUACCUGACUCAACUGAUCCCCAAGAUAAAGUGAAGGAUUAUACACCUGUUCAACCAAACUUGACAAGAUCGACAAAAUCUCCAGCUGAGAUUGCAAAAGCCAACUCUAUUCCACUACCGUACCAGGAGCCUAGUUGGGGAGGGGUCCCGGAGAACAAAUAUUAUCUGGAAGUUUUAAAAACUGGAACCAUCGUGGAUACAAUUCAACUGAAGGAUAAAAGUUUCUUUACGGUUGGGAGACUAGCGAACUGUGAUAUUAUACUGGAGCAUCCAUCCCUCUCAAGGUAUCAUGCAGUGCUACAGUUCAAAGCAAAAGGCUCCCCUGAGAAACCUAUUGGAUUCUAUUUAUUUGAUUUAGAUUCUACACAUGGAAGUUACCACAACAAAAACAAAUGCUUUCCGAAGACCUAUUACAGACUCAGGGUCGGACACAUCAUCAAGUUCGGAGGAAGUACCCGGAGCUUGAUCUUGCAAGGACCAGAUGAAGAUAGUGAGGAAGAGAGUGAACAUACAGUCACAGAGUUAAAAUCUUUAGCAGCGGAAAGGGCAAAAUUAAAAAUGGAGAGAAAACUGGAGAUGAUUAGCAAAUCCAGGGAAGAUAACGAGGAUGGAGAGGAGGGAGGUGAUGGAGGAGAGGGAGGUGAUGGUGUAUCCUGGGGAAUGGGAGAUGAUGCAGAGGAAUUCCCGGAUAUGGAUCAGAAUCCAUUUGCUGAAACUGCUGAUAACGAAAGCUUGUAUAUCAACGAUCCGAAGAAAGCUUUGAAAAAUUGGUUUGACCGUGAAGGAUGUGAGCUAGAGUAUCAGGUCGAGGAGAAAGGUUAUGCCCAGUUUCUCUGUAAGAUUGAUCUACCUAUAGACUCUCCAAACGGUGGACCUCAACCUACGGCUGAAGCUCUGGUUAAAGGAAAGAAGAAGGAAGCAACAAUUCAAGCAGCUCUGGAGGCGUGUAGAAUCCUUGACAGGAUGGGUUUACUCCGCCCCUCUAAACAAGCUGCUGUGGAAAGGAAGAUUAAGAAAUGGGAGGAAGAUGAUUUCUACGCGUCCGAUGAAGACGAGUUUCUGGAUAGGACAGGAAGUAUUGAACGGAAAAGAAAGUCCCGGAUGCGGAUGGCAGGGAAGGGUGAGGAAACUGUAGAAACUUAUGAAACCUUGAUGAAGAAACAUGAAGAGAACAAAUCCCAGCUCCUUGUACUAGAAACUGAGUUAAAGGAAGCUCUGCUAAGAAAGGAGAAAGCGGAUAAAAGAUCUCAAAGCAAUGACCUGGAUAACUACCUGGCAGAAUUGAAGAAAGGGGCUCAAGUUGACAAAGAGACCGUUCAGAAGCUAAAGAUGAAGAUCUUAAGCUUAAACCAGGAUCAGGAAAGAUUAACUAAACUGAUAAAUAUCGCCCGACCCGCCUCUAUGCCUGAACUCAAGUCCUCUAGUAAACCUGAUAAACCUCAACUCUCCGGAAUUAUGAUCGGGAAAAGAGGAAGCAAGGGUUUACUAGGUAAAGUGAAGACUGUUGACAAGGAUAACAAAACACCAGUUUUCUGUCAUACAACAGAUACUAAAGUAUUGGAGGCAUUUCUCAGCGAAUCUGAUCCAGUGAAACCCAAAAGAAAACAUCUUGAAGAUGAAGAGGGAGAAUCUGAACUCCAACCUAUUGGAUAUGAGACCAGACCUGAACCUAAACCUAAAGAAAGGAUCGGAGAUACCUCUGUAAAUAAAACUCCUCGAGUUCUAGGUCCUGCAACUCCUGAUGAUCUUUCCACCCGGAUAAAUGAUACUAGCGAACCCAUGAACCAAGAUGAACCUACCGCAGAACCUAGAACUGCUGGGACUCAAUCAUCCCUCCCUCCCUCAUACCUUGGAUCCCAAGCAGAGGAAGAUAGCGAAGAGAAAAGAAAAAGAGGAGAUAGAGGAACAAAACGAAGGAAGAAAGUAGAUGAAGAGGAGGAGGAGGAAAAAGACGAUUAUUACAAGGUUGGGAUGGAUAGAAAGUAUGAUGUAUGGUUGCCCCCGACUAAUCAAACUGGGGACGGGAGAACUAGUCUUAAUGAUAAACUUGGAUAUUAAUGUUUCUGUAAUGAUAUAAUGGAUAUUCAUCAAUAAACCUGUAUAUUUUGGUUA